CCAUCCCCUUACUGUGGUGAUACUUCUUUAAUCACUUCCAGUCCGGACACUUUCCCCCCUUCCAGUCCGGACACUUUCCCCCCCUUCCAGUCCGGACACUUUCCCCCCCUUCCAGUCCGGACACUUUCCCCCCCCUUCCAGUCCGGACACUUUCCCCCCCUUCCAGUCCGGACACUUUCCCCCCCUUCCAGUCCGGACACUUUCCCCCCCUUCCAGUCCGGACACUUUCCCCCCCUUCCAGUCCGGACACUUUCACCCCCUUCCAGUCUGGACACUUUCCCC